AUGGCAACCCACAAGCCGCAUUGCGCCAGCCAAUUCGCGCUUCGCGUGCGCGCUAUCGCUACGCGCCCGGGCUUAACACCGCGCGCACCGGAGGCCCUGAUCCUGCCCUUCUCCGCGACAUACUAUGAUCUUGUGUCAGAGAACGAGCCGCCCGCCGCUACCGCGCCGUGCCACUCUCCGUGGGUCGCGGACGUAGACCUCGAGGCACAUUACUUCACAGCCUUUGCGGAGCCACAAUCUGAACCCCCGGCAUAUCCGGGCUACCGCGUCCCGGCUAUCGGGCAGCUACAACUGCUUAUAAAGACGUCCAGCGCGGCAGUGCACGCGUUCGUUGUGCCCUAUGACCUAUCGCAGCUUGCGCCCGGCGCCCGCCUCCUCGCACGCGAGCGCACAUACGUCUCCACAGGCAACGGAGAGUCUCUGCGCUACGCCGUGCAACUGCAAUUCGCGCGCGUCGACGGCUCCUUCUACCUCGCCCGCACCCUCAAGCUAGUCUUCAGCACGGCGCAAGAAACGGACAGUACGCAGCGCACCGAGCGUGCCGACGAGGUCGUGCCUCCGUCUUCGCCGGUGAGCCUCAAGCUCAGCAUGCGCGGCAGCGCUUUGCGGCGCUCCAUCUCUUCCCUGCCUGCGCCGUCGCCCACCGACUCGCCGCGGCAGAGGCGGAGCAGCAUCGAAGCGAGCUCGGAGUGGGCGGCGGUGCGUGCGCAGUGGCGCGCGCGCGCCACAGCGUUUGUCUCGAGAGGCUUUGAGCCGCCCACGUCGCGCCCGGUCUCGCCCAACCCCGUGGCGCCGAGCGCGCGUAGCUUGUUGUCCGCGCUCGCCCCAGAUGCAGAGGAGCGCGCGAGCCAAUCUAGACAGGAAAAGGGGGAGGAGGGCCGCGUGCCUACCGAGAAGCAGAGGCCGCCAGGCCCCAGCCGGACCCCGAGCGUCGCGUCGUCGUCAAGACGCCGGCUUAGCCGCGAGGAGCGCGAAUUGAGCGAGCGGUUACGGGCCAUGGACUUGAGCGAUAAGUGA